AUGCGGUUUCCUUACGGCAGCAGUGAUUGCGUGCAUCGUCACCCAAUCUGUCUCAUCUUCUGGUCCUUGACGGUCAUUUCGGCUACCAAUCUCAACGACCUGGAGCUCAAUAGGUUGGAUCAAAGGGCGUUCGACAGACCAGGGCCAGCAGGUCGGCAGGUAUUCGCCAGCUCGCCUGAACACCCCAUUUACACCUGGGCUUCGAUGCCAUACGAGUCGAAUGUGGUAUCGGAGGAAAGACAUUCCCUGCUAUCGGCCCCGCUCACCGACCGGAAUGUAGACAAGAGGCCCUUUGCCCCUCCCUCUGCUCAAGAACCGUCCCUGAUCGCUUUUGAGCCUCUGGCUGAUGGGCAAGCAGGCUCGAGAAAACGCAUGAAGCAUAGUCAGGAACAGCAGGCUUCAACCCGAAGAACGCCCAUUUAUUAUGACUUCAUGCCUGGCGCUUCACAUGCUCACGAAGACAGUGACCAAGCGGAGCAACCCUCCACACCAAGAACGCCCAUCUAUUAUGAACUUAUGCCUGGCUCGUCGCAUGCUCAAGAAGGGAGCUAUCAUACAGGCCCCAGUCAUUUAAGUCUCGAGGGGCAAGUCAAUCAGGUCGACAUUCAAACGCCGAUUCAAAGACUUCCUCACGACCCGAAUGACCCACUGGCAGGUCAUCUCUCGCAAGUUGCCCAAGCCGCUGAAGGACCAUCGGGUUCCAUUCAGACCAUGCCACCCGAAAUCCGAAUUUUGGAAUCAGUGGAAGCCAAUCACAUUCCGGCACCAAAGCCAGCUCUUCCACAAUCUAACUCGAUCGGAUUAAACGGAAAGAUCUUGGUCCCAAUUCUCAGCGAAUACUACCAAAGCUUCUCACAGAAACUUGAGGAGAUUUGGAAUGAGUUUAAUGGCUGGAAGGUCCCAUGGCAAAACGAGCAUCGAAAACUGCCGAUCGGAUUUUUUAAUCGGCCCAAUACGAAAGAUUCGCGGAUCAUCAGAAUCCUAGAGUAUCCCCAUCGAAACACCCAGAAGGCGACAGUGAUCAGAUCGCUUUACAAGAACUUGCUUUCCAGGAUACAUGAGUUACACUUAGCCGGCUCGAGUGUUCCUUCUGAGCACUUCUUUCAUGUCCGGAAUAUCUUCGAUCGACUCGAGAAAGAAAUCUUGAACCCGGGGAACGGAGUGCCAUUGACGGGUAUCAGCGAGGCCACUGCGGAUGGCUGGAAAAAACACUUUUCUCAAACUGAAUUCGGAGAGAUACAGGAAAUGUUAAUCGGAUACUUCUCGGGAAAACAGAAGGGCAUCCAGUCUGAUCUGGCGGCUGAGUUGAUAAAAUCGUACUAUACAGAUUUGGAAAAUGAUCGACGAGCCUUAAUUAGCCAUCACGAAAAACUGAGCAAAGUGUUGGACGCAUCAAAAGAGAUUCCCAUGGAGCCAUACUUCGGGGACCGGUUCAAGUUCAUUUUCAACUUACCAGACGGCCAUCGACGCUUCAAGGAGUUUCUCGAAUAUGGGGGGAGAUUAUCGAUUCCAGGGCAUUCGACUCUGGACGUAUUACAAACCGCAUUUUCAGAAUUUUUGCAAGAAUUUCGACAGACACAAGACACGCUCCACCGGGCCACCGAAAGAACCGACCAUGCAGGACUGGAGAUCUGUUUGUUAACUUACACCAAGCUCGACAACAUGCGCACCAUGAGGGUUUUGGAUCCUGCAAAGAAACAUCCAUAUUCCAUCGAAGGCUUCAAGCCGAUCUACAAUCACUUGAUCAGGGCCGUCGAGUUCCUGCACGUGGCGAUUCUUAACCAGUUUCAACUAUCGAAGGAGGAGCACGAACAGAGAAGGCUGGCUCUGUUGUCUUGGGUUGGAGAUCAGAUUAUGAAGCCGAAAGAUACUUACCCGAUAUUCGGCAGGAUCCAAGGGAGCCUGAAUUCGCCCAAUCUGAAGGCCAAAAUGCAAUCUGGGGAGAAAUUGUUCCCACCCAUUCAGUUAUCCCUGAUCAAAUACUUCUCCGGCUCGAGAACUACUUCUUAUCCUCUAGCCAGAUAUACUGCAGCAUUCAUCCUAGCAACGUGGUAUGAGUUCCAUCAUCCAAAGGAGUUUGAGAACUUCUUCUUUGAUCGGUUUAAUCCUUGUGAAACUUUAGGUCAGGCAGAGGUACUAAAGAAAAGAUAUAAAAACCCUCUCUACUAUGAAGAAAGCUGAAUUGGAGAUUUUAUCGUCACACUUACCAUUUCAUCAUGCAAAUUAUGUAUCCACACAUAUUAAAGCCCUUCUCUUGUUUUCUUACAUGAGAUUAGCUAUCCCACAUGC